UACCUUCUCGUGGUUGAUCCUGUUAAUCAAAAUUGCUAUAAUUUUGAGAACUAAAAGGAGUACUUAUAACUUUUUAAUUGCAAUCAAAAAUGAAAAAAAUGGCGUUAAAAAUACUUCAAAGUGUUUCUAACUGUCUUGUUCACAAUAAGAAGCACAAAUAAACUGUGUAGUAUGACUUUCUACUGCUUCAUUCACUAUAACUUAAGAGGUGAGCCUUCACCGUGCUUUUGCAACAAAAAUUGUUCAUGUUCAUCGUUCGGAAUCUAGGCGACCAAGGUAUGACCGCUUCUUGUUCCUUCUCGUAGGUCUAGCAAUUUUCAACUCUUCUGGAGCUUGCCCACUUUUAAAAAAAUGAGAGCCGCCCUCUGACACCUUGGCUUUGGAACAUCUGCAAUGUUUGGCAUUUUACUCAUGAAGAGGAAGUCCUUAGUGCGAACAAACAGAAUAAAUACGUCGAAUAAAUUGAAUCUAAAAGAUGCUGACUUGCUGGGCUCAUUUUCAGAACAAGUCGUUUCGUUCUUCAAAGGAGUAAGCUACUUCAUAAUUCGCUUCAGAUUUACUGAUUGUAACAGUUAUCACUGCUAAAU